CAAAACUGUGCAGCAUCAUUUCACAUCUCAUCAACACAAAACUGCAGUGUUUGUUUUAUACUCGUAUGGACAAUAUUGGUUUGAGAUUGCUACAGAGCUCAGGUCUUGAAAAUAUAUCAUAUGAGAAUCACCCUUGCUUCCAUGCUGGCUUCAAGGUGCAUCUAUCUGGGACAACCAAUUACACAGGAUAUCUUCAACUGGUACCAGCUGUCAUUUGACUCUGACCUUAUGUCCAGUAGGUUGAAGUUUGCCUCCAUGUUGUACUGCAGCAGGCAGUAUGAGGAAGCUGCAGAAGUACUGACUUACUGUGAAGGGCUGCUGGGACCAGAAGUGUGGCAGUGCUGUGGACAUGAUGGAAGGAAAUGCCUGAAAUCAAGCACUGAGUUUGGAAACAAGUUGAUAUUCAACUCAAACACAGAGAUGCUGAAGAAAUACACAAUGAUGUGUAUAACCUUCACAAAGGAAGAAAUGAACUGUAUUCCACAACAUCUUGCAUUUGAAAUGCUGAGAAGUAUAGAAGGUGAAGACAGACCAGAACAUGAAAGGUGGAUGAACCAUGUAGUCACUGACUGUGUCCCAUUCCUUUAUUACUUACAGCAUCUCACCAACUGGGAACUACACCAACCCCAGAGAGCACAAGCAGCCCUACAUAACCUACAUGAGUACACAGUGGGGACGGACUUCGGCCACAUUGACACAGCCCACAACAUGCUAGGCCACUGUUAUGAACUUCAGAACAGGCUGGACCUGGCAUGGAUGUGCUACAACAGAUCAAUGGAAAUCUACGAUACAUACAAUGUAUCCAUCUGGCAUGCAGCCAGGAUACUUCAUCAGUUUUUACAAAGUUGAUAUAAACAUUGAUUGAGGUUUUUGAUCUGAGCUUCCGAACAGAUGGGACCUGGCUUGUAUGUGCUACAACAGAUCAUUUUGAAUUUAUGACAGAUCCCAUCUGGCAUGUAGCUAGGAUACUUCAUCAGUUCUUACAAAGCUGAUAUCCACAUUGAAACAGCCUAAACAUGAUGGGUCACUGAUGUGAACUUCAGAACAGACAGGACCUGGUUGGGAUGUGCUACAACAGAUCAUUUUGAAUUCAUGACAGAGUCAAUGUCUCCAUCUGGGAAGUAGUGAGGAUACUACAUCAGUUUUAAGUGUAUUAAAAUACUUUAAAUGCUUAUUUUCAAUUUGAUGUCUCAUAUUCCUUUUAACCACACACAUACAUAUACAUCGAAGUUUGUAUAUAAUUAUGUGUUUUUUAUUAUGUAUAUGGAAAUCUUAGUGUGUAUAUAAUUAUGUUUUUUAUUUUAUGUAAGAAAGAAGAAUAAAAAUUGA